GUUCUUGUGUUUUUUACAUGUUUUCCUCCAUCAGCGGACUCGGCACAAGCAGGUGGCUCACCAAGGAUGAACUGGAUAUAUUGCUAGGAGAGGGCAUCCGCACUGAGGAUUACGACCGCUUCCUCCAGCUGAUGGAGCGCCUGCUGUCCCUGCCGUACUGCGGCACAGAGAAGGACUUCGUCCUGAGCUACCGGAGGGAGCUCGACGCCCAGUCCAGCAAACAAACGGUGCCCACGAUUGAGCAAGACGAGAGGGGCGUGGCCUAUAGCACCUCGGAAGGGCGGAGGAAGACGUCGACUUCUUCUGUGGUGCUCAGAGACAGCGGCUCCGGACGCAUCGUGAUCAACGGCCGAGAUUACGUUCAUUAUUUCCCCGUUCAGCAGGACAGGUACGAGAGCUGCGAGGAAACACUUUUUACCUUAAAGGCUAGACGUGAUGUGCUCUACUCUCUCCCCUUCAAACAUCUUUCAUUUGAUUUCUUUACACUUCGAACGUGUAAAACCAUAAUACAAAAAAUAAUGACAUCACAUGACAUAUUACAUGUUAGACGCUUUUAUCCAAAGCAACUUCCAUACUCAUUACUGUGGGCAACCCCCACAGGAGCACUUUGGGGUGAAGUGUCUCAGGGACACAACGACAUGCUGACUGCAGUGGGGUUUGAACCUGUGCUCCCCUGAUCCAAACACCACUGCGCCACACGCCUCCUGAAAUGAAACUUUUCAUAAACAAAAAUACUAUUGACCAACACGUACGAAAAGAUAAAAUAAUAAAUAAAUAAACAAACCGUAAACACCAAGUUAUUAUUAAACAAUGUCAUCCCUGUGUCUUGUUGAAAUCAUGUCCUUAUACCUUUUUUAAAAACAGUUUUACGUUAGGACCUAAAAUACAUCUCAGAACAGCUUUUCUCUCUCCGGAGCGUCGCCUCGCUUUCUUAUUUAUCUCCUCGUAGC